CCGUUGGUUAAUCGACGUCUCGUCACCUCCUCCUCCUCCUCCUCCUACAACAGCCGCGUAAACCUGUAUAAAGGAGGAGGAGCCCCUUUGCCUGGCCUCUGCCAUCAUAGGAAAACGAUUAUGUGUUUUCCGACCGAGCAGGCAGCAGUAAGUGAGUGAGGCGAAGAAGACGGCUUUAAACAAACGCAGUCGAUAUCUGCUGGAGUUAAGCGAGGCAAGUUUCCUCCUCCUCCUCCGCUUCUCGUUCAGUCGUUUCGGGUGCUUAACGAAGAACGGCUGUCCCCAUCUCUACUCUGUUACUAGUGUGACUGGACACAGUGAUCAGUUAGCGUUACAUAUCCCUACAAUUGAUUAUAUAAACAGCUCGCGUUGUGUCCAACGAGUGCAGCGUCCAAGGAAGAAAGGGUUUUCGUGUGUUGUUACAUAAGGAAUGAACGAAAUACCGUGAAGAUUUGUCAGCGGCGUUGCAAAGCUUCUGGUGUCAACAAGGAUGGCAAUUGGAUCUUCGGAGAAAAUGAAAUAUUCUCUUUCAAAAAACUGGAGUUUUUCUCGUUGAAAAGGAAUGCAUAUCAGCCUAUUGUCCAGUAAUCCACGAAUAUUGAUUCUGCAAGGGACAAGAGCACUUUUAAUUCUACCUCCAAAAUGAACACCUCAGACGAAGUUUUAGAUUCCGUAGAAACCGCUACAACAGAUUUGACGCCGAGCGAAGAGGCGGAAGAAACUCCGGAUCACAUUUCGAAGUUGUGUGGUUCUCCGUUCUGGAAUGCUUCUUUGUCGUGGGACGGGGACCUGCCUGACAUGGGCAUCUGUAUGGAGAGGACAGUCCUGAUUUGGGGGCCCUGCAUAUUACUUUGGGCACUGGCGCCCUUGCAAGUUUAUCUCCUGAGACGCAGGGGUCUGCGUUACAUGCCCUGGACCUAUUUGAGAAUAACGAAAGUUGUAAUUUCCGUCCUGUUGAUCGUAAUAGCGGGAGCAGAGCUGAUAUGGGCUAUAGUGUUAUCAGCUCAAGGAUUCCCUCUUCCUUCCAAUGAAUAUUUAGCCCCCGUUAUUCUUAUGUCUUCUUAUGCAUUACAGCUAGGCCUAGUACUUUUGGGACGGCAUCAUGGUGAAAAGAGCAGCGGUAUCAUAUACUGCUUUUGGGCAGCGCUGGUUUUGUGCAGUGUGCCACAGUUCAUUACAACUGUCAUAUACACAGUUCACAGAAAUGACCAGCUACAUGUUCUUCUGGUGGUGACCUUCCUGUUACAAUACAUUGGUGCUAUUGCCCUGUUUAUUGUUAACUGUUUUGCAGACAAUCCACCUGAGACCAAGUGGUUCAAUAAAUCUAAGAGUUCCUUUCCUGAGUAUGAUGCAUCUUUUAUAAGCAGAAUGACCUUCCACUGGGCAAAUGGAAUGGUCUGGCGAGGUUACAAGACCAAUUUAAAAACAGAUGAUCUCUGGGAGCUUCCAAGUCGCAUUUGCACCACAAAUCUAGACAGAGAGUGGGAUAUCGCAUGGCAAAGUGAGCUCUCUGCCAUUACGCAGAAAAAAAUACCUGGAGAUGAUGUAUCUGCUCUACCUAAAGUAUCUGUGUUACACGUUUUGUUAAGGCUGUUCUUUUUACCAUUCUUUAUGGCAACACUCUUAUACGUAGCAUCAGAGUUAAUGGUUUUUGCUACUCCUCGACUUCUAAGUGCCCUGAUAAGUUUUACUAUAGAUGGCAGUGAACCAACUUGGCAUGGAUACUUCUAUGCUCUGCUCCUCAUGCUAAUCACACUUUUGACUACGUUUGUCAAAAACAUUUUUUAUUACAUUGAUCAAACCUUGGCGAUACAGUUGAGGUCUACCAUCAUGUCAGCUGUAUACCGCAAAGCCUUGCUGUUGUCCAAUAGUUCUCGCAGAGAAUCUACAGUGGGAGAAAUUGUAAAUCUUAUGUCAAUCGAUUCCCAGCGCUUAAGUGAUACGCUGUUGUACAUAAACCUAGCCUGGGGUGCACCGAUUGUGAUAAGCGUAGCCCUAUAUGAGCUCUGGCAGCUACUGGGUCCAUCUGUGCUGUCAGGGCUUGCUGUACUUAUUCUUUUGAUCCCCAUAAACAGUGUAGUAGCCAACAAAAUAAAAAAUCUUCAGACAUCACAAAUGAAAUUUAAGGAUAAGAGAAUAAAGUUACUUAAUGAAAUCAUAAAUGGUAUUAAGGUACUUAAAUUAUAUGCUUGGGAGGGAUCAUUUGCCAAACAAGUGGAAGUGAUUAGAAAAGAUGAAAUAAGCGUUCUCAGGAAGUCUGCAUAUUUUCAAGCUUUUGCAAGUUUUGUGUGGUUAGCAACUCCAUAUUUGGUAGCCCUGGGAUCUUUUGCUACAUUUGUAAUGGUGUCCGAGGAAAAUGUAUUAGAUGCCAAGACAGCAUUUGUAGCCAUUUCGCUCUUCAACAUAAUGAGGAUGCCCAUCACACAGUUGCCUGCUUCAAUUGCUCAGGCAAUCCAGGCUAAUGUAGCGCUGAAGAGAUUGGGUAAAUAUUUUGGGUCUUCAAAUAUUGAUUUAAGUGCUGUCUGUCAAGACGACAGAUGAAAAGAAGAUUCAGCAGUUGCUGUCCAUGGUGGACAGUUCAGUUGGGGUGCAAUUAAUAAUGAAGAACCUUGGACUCUGAAAAAUAUAGACAUGACAGUGUCAUAUAAGAGCUUGGUUGCUGUGGUUGGUUCUGUUGGGUCUGGUAAAAGCUCUCUCUUUUCAGCCAUGUUAGGAGAAAUGCAAAAGGAAGCUGGAAGAGUAAUCAUAAACGGGAGAGUAGCAUAUGUUUCACAACAGGCCUGGCUCCAGAAUGCCACUUUAAAAGAUAACAUAAUCUGGGGUGAACCACUUGAUGAGGAAAAAUAUCGCAAAGUGAUCGAAGCUUGUGCCCUCAUGCCAGAUCUGGAAAUGUUACCUGGAGGAGAUUUGACAGAAAUUGGAGAAAAGGGAAUAAACCUCAGUGGAGGUCAGAAGCAAAGAAUCUCACUUGCGCGUGCAGCAUACAGCAAUGCAGAAAUAAUUCUCUUGGAUGAUCCUCUGAGUGCAGUGGAUGCCCAUGUUGGACGACACAUUUUUCAGAAUCUCAUAGGACCCAAGGGCUUAAUGACAGGAAAAACAAGGAUUCUUGUGACACAUGCAAUAUGGGUGUUGCCACAAAUGGAUGAAAUUUUUGUAGUGAGAGAUGGCUCUGUGGUUGAGAAGGGAACCUACAACCAACUUCUUUCUCAGGGAGGAAACUUUGCACAGUUUCUCUUGCAGCACAUUAACACAAAAGAUAGCAUAGAUGAAGAAGAUAAUGAGUUAGAUGAACUUUGUGACCAACUUGAGGGAACACCCAGUGGACAAGCAUUACUGAGACAGCUGUCAAGACAUAGCAAAGCAGAAGAUGGAAGAGUGGGUUCUAUCAAAAGACGAAGACGAAACAGCAGCACAGGGAGCAGUAGGCAUCACAGUGAGAGUGAAAAUGAAUUAACAGGGUCAAGCAAAAACUUACUUAAAGGCUCUUUACCAGCUGAUGGAAUUAGAUCUAAUGAUGUAAAGAAGAAUGGCCAAAUUUUGAUUCAUGAUGAAAAAGUUGAAAUUGGAAAGGUCAAAUGGAAAGUAUACCAGUUUUAUGCUCAGUCUAUAGGCCUGUUAGCGGCAUCGUUACCAGCUAUCUUCUAUAUUAUUGCUCAGGUGUGCCAGGCUGGGAGUAAUGUUUGGUUGGCACAGUAUUCAAGUGCGUCAACAGCUGUUGGGAAUGAAACCAUUGCGGACUUUGACAGAACUGGAUUUCUGCUUGGAUAUGGAGGCUUUGGGAUAGGCCAGUCAUUGUUCUUUUACCUUGGGUCACUUGUCACUUGGACAGGAACUAUGAUGGCAGGGAAGAAUAUUCACAAACGUCUUUUGGAAAAUGUCUUGUGCCUUCCUAUGAAAUUCUUUGACACCAACCCCAGUGGCCGUGUAAUGAACAGAAUGAGUAAGGAAAUGGAUGUUUUAGACAGUGUUCUUCCAAUGCUGAUAGGAGCAACAUUGACAUGUUUUGCACAGGUUUUGACGACUCUGAUUGUGAUUUAUUGCUCCACCACCCCAAUAGUGCUGGUUGUCAUUCUUCCAGUGACUGUGGCAUAUUAUUAUAUCCAAAAAAUUUACAUAUCCACAGCAAGACAAAUCAAGAGGUUAGAAUCACUCGCUAAAUCUCCAAUCUUCUCCUAUUUCAGUGAAAGUUUACAAGGAGUCUCGCUUAUUCGAGCUUUCAAGAAGCAAGACAACUUUGUUGAAGAGUGCCAAAGAAAAGUAGAUUAUGCUGCCAAGGCAUUUGUGACAAAUCUUGCAACUAACAGGUACAUAAUUAUGAGACUGGAGUGUUUAGGAAAUUUGAUUACCUUUGCGGCAGCUAUUUUUGCUGUGGCAGGGAGGGACGCUAUGCACCCUGGUGUAGUUGGGCUGUCAAUAACUUAUGCACUUAAUGUAACUGUUAUACUGAACUGGCUUGUAAGAAUGACUGCUGAAGUUGAAGCAAACAUUGUGUCAGUUGAAAGAAUUCGAGAAUACAUAGAAGAAGAACAAGAGGCACCAUGGAAACUAGCAGGGCAAGAACCAGCCAAAUCAUGGCCUGACCAAGGUUGCAUUACGUUUUCCAAAUAUGAAGCAAGAUAUCGCCCUGGUCUUGAACUGGUUAUAAAAGGCAUCAGUUGUAAAAUCAACUCUGGAGAGAAAGUUGGGAUUGUUGGAAGAACUGGAGCUGGAAAGUCGUCCCUGACGCUUUGCUUGUUCCGAAUUAUUGAAGCAGCUGGAGGGUCUAUAGACAUUGACGGUACAGACAUUUCAAAAAUUGGACUGCAUGAUCUCAGAGGACGUCUAAGCAUCAUACCACAGGAUCCAGUCCUUUUCAGCGGAUCAUUAAGAAUAAACCUGGAUCCCUUCAAUGCUCAUUCUGAUGCAGAAGUAUGGCAGGCACUAGAAAAUGCACAUCUAAAGGAUUACGUCAAAUCACAAACAAAUACUCUCCAGACUGCUAUUGAUGAAGGAGGAGCCAAUCUUAGUGUGGGUCAAAGACAACUUGUAUGUCUAGCCAGGGCUUUAUUAAGAAAGUCUAGAAUCCUUGUCCUUGAUGAAGCAACAGCUGCAGUAGAUUUGGACACUGAUGAUCUUAUUCAGGCAACUAUAAGAAAAGAAUUUGCCGACUGUACCAUCCUCACUAUUGCUCACCGUUUAAACAAUAUCAUGGAAAGUGACAGGCUGAUGGUGAUGGACAAGGGAAAAAUAGCUGAAUUUGCGAGUCCAUCUGAACUUCUAUCAAAUAAAAAUUCUAUUUUUUAUGCAAUGGCAAAAGAUGCAGGUCUGGUGUAAUUUUUCAUGCAAGCUUUUGAGCACCAGCAACAAGAGUACAAGAUAUUUUGUUUUAUACCUAAUGGACAAUCUGCAAAAACCUUUUCUUUACUCUUUUUGAUACGUAUAUGAAUAAAUUAAAGAGAGAA